CUUUAAGCCAUGAGUAUUUACAAACUCAGCCACACUUAGCACGGCGCUUUUUAACCGUGACAACUUACAAGGUUCCAGGCUUGGGUAAAUACUACCUAAUGUACCUGGUUGCCUGGUAUGAAUUCAUUAGAUUUAACCUAUUUUAGCCCUCGGUAACAUUUCUCCCCAUUUGAACAAUCUCAACAUUCAAGUUUUCAAUAUAUUCGAUACGCACUAUUAAACUCUCUGACUUGUCUAUCUUCUACCAACGCAAGCACUUACAUACGCUCCCCGCGUUCCAUCAGAGUGGAGUGUGGGGUUCAGGGGGUUACUACAUACACUAUGUAUGUGAUAUGUAUCUGAUCCAUUAUGUGCAUGCAUGUAAUGACAUAACUACACUAACCUUAGGUGGGCAAAGCAAGGCAAGACAAGGCAAAGUAAAACAAGACGACCUAUUCAGAAUAGGCAGUGUCGGACAUUCAAUUUCGCCAUCUUCCGAUCAGACAUCAGACCAUCCUUAUUUCGGAUACCAAUUUCAUGUUACAUCGAUGAAAUCACUUAAUGAUAAAUGAUACAUACCUAUAGUAAUAUUCAUCCUCUAAAAUCCCCUCUCCGAUGUGUUCACGAGGCUAGCUUCAGAAUCCCAUAUCUCAUUUAGUAACAAACUACUCAUCUCAGAUAUUCGAAUCGCUCUUGAUCGCGAAGCUACUCACCAUGGCCAUUGUUCAAGAUUGGCUCCCAGCUAGCCAAGAAAACUACGAGAAAAUCCUAUUUUGGUGGAAACUUUACCCUCUGUUGGCAUCUUUCCAAUGGAUUACUUCGUGGUAUGGCAUGGGGAAAACCUCAGUUCAGAGCAAGUUCAAUCUGCCUGGACGAAUUGCCUGGGCCACGAUGGAGGUUCCCGGCUUUACCACUCUCUUAUAUAUUAUGAGCACGCUUCCAGCUAAACACGGCAUUGAGGACCUACCGUGGCAGAACAAAGUCCUCGCUGGCCUCUUCGUUAUUCAUUACACUUACCGUGCCGUUAUCUUCCCUAUCAUCCAGCCGUCUAUGUCUCCCAUCCACGUGCUUGUCUGGAGUAAUGCUAUCAUCUUCCAACUAUGCAACGCCACCUGCAUAGGCAGCUGGCUAGCAGCCUAUGGCCCAACCACCCAGGAAGAAUGGAAAGCCCAGAACUGGUCUGUUCUGCAAUUCUCAGUCGGUCUUGUCCUCUUCUACGUUGGACUCGCUGCAAACUACUUCUCCGACGAGGAAUUACGCGAGAUACGCCGAAGUGAACUUCGACGCCAGGCAAAAUUGAAGCAUCAGGGCAAAACCGUCGAAAAGCAUUACGAAGUUCCACAGAAUGGGCUGUUCAAGUAUAUGCUUUAUCCCCACUACUUCAUGGAAUGGGUCGAGUGGCUCGGAUACUGGAUCGCCGCCGGCAUCUCCUGCACCCCUGCGAGGUCCUUCUUAAUUAACGAAUUUUUCGCCAUGCUACCCCGCGCUGUAUCUGGUGGGAAAUGGUAUAAGGAAAAGUUCGGCGAUGAUAAAAUUAAGGGAAAAUACGUCAUUAUUCCCGGAAUCUACUAAUAGCGGUGCGCGUCAUUUAAUCCGAGGCCCUUCAAUUAGGACCUUCUCGGGGCAUAUAGCUACUACCUAGGAGGUUACCUAGGAGGUAGGUGUACAUAUCAUAUACUGAUUUGCAAGCGUUCAGAACAGUUCAAGAAUAGCACGAUGUUUUAACUUUAAAAACUCUCUAUCAUUAAUCAGUUGCAACCCCCGCAAUAUUUCUUAAAUUUAUACCUAUAUCAUUUAUAAUCGAUACGCUUCCUUCUAUGCCUCCGUACUAACUUAAUACCUUACCUUGGAUACCAAUGACACAAUAUGAUUCUUUCUGAAUAACUAUGUCUUUAUGCAAACCCACC